UUUCUGAUUGGACAGCUGGCCCAACCCCAGUGUGGCGCCUAGUUAGGUUGAUCCAUGCUAAUACAUUUCUUUUGUUGUGAUUAACCGUUCAGCGGUUGUGGCUCUGCUUUAAUAAUUCCCACAAGCGAAAGUCUCCUCGUAACUGUUCAGAGGAUGAGUGGCGGAGUGUAUGGAGGCGAUGAGGUGGGAGCCUUGGUGUUUGACAUCGGCUCAUACUCUGUGAGGGCCGGCUAUGCAGGAGAAGACUGUCCUAAGGCGGACUUCCCCACGGUAAUCGGUGUGACUCUUGACCGAGAAGAUGGCAGCACACCCAUGGAGACGGAUGGAGACAAGGGCAAGCAAAGUGGCACCACCUACUACAUCGACACCAACCAGCUGAGGGUGCCCAGGGAGAACAUGGAGGUCAUGUCUCCACUCAAGAAUGGCAUGAUUGAGGACUGGGACAGUUUCCAGGCCAUUUUAGAUCACACCUACAAGAUGCACUUCAAGUCUGAGCCCAGCCUGCACCCGGUGCUUAUGUCAGAGGCUUCGUGGAACACACGAGCGAAGCGCGAGAAGCUGACAGAGCUGAUGUUUGAGCAUUACAACAUUCCUGCCUUCUUCCUCUGCAAAACAGCUGUGCUCUCCUCCUUUGCCAACGGGCGGUCUACAGGUCUGGUCCUGGACAGUGGAGCCACACACACCACAGCCAUUCCAGUGCAUGACGGUUAUGUCCUGCAACAAGGCAUCGUCAAGUCCCCCCUGGCUGGAGACUUUAUGAGCAUGCAGUGCAGAGAGCUUUUUCAGGAGUUAAACGUUGAGAUUGUCCCUCCCUAUAUGAUUGCAACAAAGGAUGGUGUGCGAGAGGGAGCUCCAGCCAGUUGGAAGAAAAAGGAGAAGCUACCUCAAGUCACUCGCUCCUGGCACAACUACAUGUGUAAUACUGUGAUCCAGGACUUCCAGGCCUCAGUGCUGCAGGUGUCAGAUUCGCCGUAUGAUGAACAGGUUGCAGCCCAGAUGCCCACGGUUCACUAUGAGCUGCCCAACGGCUACAACUGUGACUUUGGGGCCGAGAGGCUGAAGAUUCCUGAGGGGCUGUUUGACCCCUCGAACGCCAAGGGCCUGUCUGGGAACACCAUGUUAGGAGUCGGCCACGUGGUGACUACCAGCGUGGGAAUGUGUGACAUCGACAUUCGGCCGGGUCUGUACGGCAGCGUGGUGGUGACCGGAGGAAACACACUCAUUCAGGGCUUCACUGACAGACUUAACAGAGAGCUCUCCCAGAAAACCCCUCCUAGCAUGAGGCUGAAGUUGAUAGCCAACAACACCACAGUGGAGCGUCGCUUCAGUGCCUGGAUAGGAGGCUCCAUCCUGGCAUCACUGGGAACCUUCCAGCAGAUGUGGAUCUCCAAACAGGAAUACGAGGAGGGAGGAAAGCAGUGUGUGGACAGGAAGUGCCCUUGAUUUGACUGACCGCGACCCCCCUCUCCAUGCUCCGUCACUGUUUUUGCAGCAGCCCCGGCAUCACGUUUGAUUCACCUCGGACCCUGGACUCAGGAACACCAAUGGAGGAUUGUUCUUUUUUUUGUAUGAUUUUUUUUUUUUUUUUCUAAUAAGUAUCGAGUUUGUCAAUAUGCCUCUCUGGUUUUAAGUAGAAAUAACAAACCAUGAACAUCUAUAACACAGAUUGUGUUGCUGUGAAGAGAUAUGGUUGAGUUCCUUUGUUCGUGUCAUGACAGUUAAUCCAUAAACCUUAUUAUCAGUGUCCUGUGGAAACCUUGUAUCUUCAAAAAAAAAAAAAAAAAAAAAAGUUUUUAUGGAAUUUAGAAAAACAACUUGAUCUUGUUACUUAAUGUUCAUAUAUAUUAUUUUUCACCUAAUGUCUGGCUCAGUCCAAAGGUCAUGAAACAUUGUCUUCAUGUGGGUUAUAAAGUCAGUUCUUGAUUGCCAUGUGGAAAAUUUGUUAUGUAAGGAUUCUGCAGGACACUGACAAUAUACAGUUUACAUGAUUCAAGUUUAAAAGUGUUAGUGGAUGUACAUCCUGAUGCACAUCUGGACAGUUUGGAGUGAAUGUCAUCGUUUGUCCUCAAGCCUUUUUAUCUUUCUGUGUAGCGAAUAAGCUCAUCAUCGGCAAACGUGCUUGACAAUGUCACUUCAAAUAAAACCUGUAUUUAAUUAUCACUUUUAUCAUCGGCAACGUAUGGUCUUGAAAAUAAAAUCCUGUUUUUGUUAA